CCAGAGUUGUGCACUGGGGAAUCGAAUGUGGACGCGCAGCGCCUACGUCUGCCUCAUGUUGUUUCUGGCGUUCGAGAUUCGUUGGGCGACAAUUUUCUGUGGAUGCCCUAGAAUUGGAGUGUCAUGUUUCCUUUAUCGUUCUCUAGGGUUCGGUUUGUUUUGGAUUAGCAAAGGAAUUUUUAUGCUUCUUGCAAAUUUUUUAGCUUGAAGGGAGCAAGAGAGAAUCAGAAGGGGACGGGCGCCGAGAGGAGAGCUGCCAAGAGGAUGCCGCUGGGGAGAUACUACUGCGAUUACUGCGACAAGCAGUUCCAGGACACCCCCGCCGCCCGGAAGCGCCACCUGGAGGGCGCCCAGCACCAGCGCGCCCGCGCCCUCUGGUACGACUCCGUCCGCCCCCAAGAUCGGCACGGCGGCGCUUCCUCCCUCCUACUGCCGGACGGCACCCUCGCCAAGGGCGUCUGCCACCACUUCGUCCGCACGGGGACUUGCAAGUAUGGGGAUCCAUGUAGAUACUUCCAUCUCAAGCCAUAUGAUGCUAAUCCAUCGUUAGCUGCACCAGGGCCUGGGCCUGGAGCCAUGGUGCAGCAGUCUAAUUUUCUUGGCAGCCAACCCAAUUUUGUUGGAUACCAGGCAGCUGAACGAAAUUCUUUCUCAGGGAAUGUACUCGGGGCCCACACUUCCUGAGGCAACUUACCGCCGUCGCUGCAACCCCCUCCUGAAGGCGGCUAUCCUCCCCUUCCUUUCGUCGACUGGGGCUGAAGGAGCUUCGCCCCACGCUGAACAUCAGUUGCUUAAUGCUAAAAACGGGGCGUGUGGUAGAACGAAGGGGAUCCCAGCUCCAAGUUCCAACCGCAGAGCAUGCCUGUACGGCAUUUGGAUAGUCCCUGUGUCCCCAGUGGGGUUCUUCUGGCAGCUGGGAAGUUGCCAUCCGUGUACAAGUAGCACUUGUUGAGCUUAGUGGUGCACAGCACCUGGCUUUCACAGAAAAUUCUGCUGGCAGGUAGGAGUAUGACGCUUUCUUUGCUGUGUUGGUUAUAAUAACCGUUGUUCUGCCGCAUUCUUGCUCAUCUCAUUUUGGACUCAAGAGAUGACGGUGGUCUGUGGGAAGGAGACUGGGUGUGUGGCGCUCGCUGUUCGUCUCCGGCAGGCAGGCCGACGAGGAUUCGCCGACCUGCUCGGCGCAGUUCCGCUUCCUGCUUAGAGCGGCCGGCGAAGAUCUAGUGAUGCCGUGUUGCCUUGCCGGCGAGUGCCGCGCCAUCGAGACGGCGGUCAUCUUCAGGAGGGGAACCUCCCCGGACCCGGCCUAAUCCAUGGGGAGGUCGCUCCCUCGGUCCUGGGGGGGACGCCAUGUCUGUCUGGGAGCACGAUUGCAACCGUGGCCGUUGCAUCGCAGCGUCAGGUCUCGGUGGGGACCGACCAUCCAUUAGCAACCCUGAGCGGUCAAGCGAGUGUGGCAGUGGAACAGGCUCUCAAGUCUCAAGCUAUUUGGGCAGCACGGCAUGUAAACGUUGGCACAUCUGGAAAGGUGUAAGGGCAUGUAGCCUAGUGAUUACAAGAGUAGAAUUUGUGUUCGUGUGUUUAUAGGGAUGACUCGGUGUGCGUCGUACUGUGUAAUUAAAAAAACAUAUCUGGAAAGGACAAGACGAGCAGUCAUCGAGCUCUA